UUUUAAGACAAAGCACAUUUGCAACCUAACAAUCUGUUACGAGUAUUUUAAACCAUUCCCCAGUCAGACACGGCGGCGUUUCCUCCCACUUUCUUCUUCAUCUAGAGAAGUCGCGCUUUUCUACGGGAUUCUUCUGCGCUUCCGGCAACUAGAGAAAAUGCUAGGGAUUGCGCGGCGAAAAGCUGUUCGCGGUGGUGUUUCGGUCUUAGGGCGCCAAAUUCAGAGGAACUCUGGACCAUCUGCACCUCCUUUUGGAUCUCAUGGCUAUGCUACUGCUGGAAAAGAGGCUUUGCUUCUCAGACCAGGAUCGAAGCUUGUAAGGAUUAUUAGUCUACAUGGGAAUUCAGGUUUUCCAGCUAGUGUUAAGUCGUUAAGGCAAGUUGGAUCGUAUUUGCAAAUAGAUCCUUCGAGGCAAAUAUGGAAGAGGUCCUACUCAUCAGAUGGUGAUGUUGUGGAAGCCGUUGUACCCUUCAUGGGAGAGUCAAUUACCGAUGGCACUUUGGCUGCAUUUUUGAAGCAUCCUGGGGACCGUGUUGAAGUUGAUGAACCAAUUGCACAAAUUGAAACGGAUAAGGUCACUAUAGAUGUUGGUAGUCCUGAAGCUGGUAUCGUUCAUCAGCUUUUAGCCAAAGUAGGUGAUACUGUAGAGCCUGGCGCUAAGAUAGCUACAAUUUCAAAAUCCAGCGAUCAUGCACAUGUAGCUCCGUCAGAGUCACCGACCAGCAAGGCUGAUGCAACCAAGAAGGAAAAGCCAGAUGAGAAAGCAAAUGCUAAGAGUCCUGCUCAAGAGAAGCCUAAAUUGGAAGAUUCUGCUCCCAAGGAUAAGCCUAAAGCCCCUUCUCCACCAUCUUCAAAACUCUCACCGUCAGAACCUCAACUACCUCCCAAGGAUAGAGAGAGAAGAGUUCCGAUGACAAGACUGAGAAAGCGAGUUGCUACACGUUUGAAGGAUUCUCAGAACACAUAUGCCAUGUUAACUACUUUCAAUGAAGUUGAUAUGACAAACUUGAUGAAGCUGCGCUCUGAUUACAAAGACGCCUUUGUCGAGAAGCAUGGAGUAAAGUUGGGAUUUAUGUCAGGAUUUGUCAAAGGGGCAGUGAGUGCACUUCAGAGCCAACCUAUUGUUAAUGCUGUUAUUGAUGGCGAUGACAUUAUAUACCGAGAAUACAUUGAUAUCAGUAUUGCUGUGGGCACCCCUAAGGGUCUUGUGGUUCCUGUUAUCCGUGACGCGGAUAAAAUGAACUUUGCCGAUAUAGAAAAGGGAAUUAACACUCUCGCCAAGAAGGCCACUGAAGGAACAAUAUCAAUUGACGAGAUGGCUGGAGGAUCAUUCACAAUAUCUAAUGGUGGUGUUUAUGGAAGUCUUCUGAGUACCCCAAUUAUCAACCCUCCACAGUCGGCAAUAUUGGGUAUGCACUCAAUUGUGAACCGUCCGAUGGUGGUUGGUGGUCAGGUAGUUUCAAGGCCAAUGAUGAAUGUUGCUCUAACAUAUGAUCACAGGCUGAUUGAUGGAAGAGAGGCAGUUCUCUUCUUGCGCCGCAUCAAGGAUGUGGUGGAAGAUCCCAGGAGGUUGCUUCUUGAUAUAUGAGAUGGUAAAAAAAACAAAGUAUGGUUCUAUUUUCACUCAUAGUAAAAUAAAUUUACCAUGUCUUGUAAUCACAUAAUUUUGGGGGUCAAAUUUCACCCUGCAUUUAUUAACUGGUGCAUUAUGAUUUUGACAUACUUCCCUCAAGCAUCUAGGGAUGUAAUUUAUAGACUCCCUGGCUCUGACUAUUUCUGAAAUUUUUGAGAUUCGCUCUUUCAGAAAGAGUACAAUACAACACUCGGAAAAUAGUUGGCAAUUUUUUUGCAAUAAUGAGUUGGUGUUUUGACUCUUUGUGAUUA